AUGAAAUUACUUCUCAUCUUAUCACUUCUCCUGUUGGGCACUGUGUCUUCUCUUCAUCUGAAAAAUGAGGCUCUUGAGCCAGAGGCAUCAGAGGAAGAAAAGGCCUUGGCUCAGGAGCUAGAGACUCCAGAGGAAGAGGAUAACUUGACCAUAAGGGAUGAGGAAGAUGAUGAUGAAGGAGAGGAGAGUGAAGCUGCUGAGGAUGAUGACAACCUUUGCCCAAAGGAAGAGGAUGUAGUCCGUAUGCUGGGUAGCCCAGGAUGUGAGACUUGCCGGUUCCUGAUUGUUAAUAAGCCAAGGAAAUUCAAAAGAGCUCAGAAAAUCUGCAGACGUUGCUAUCAUGGCCAUCUGGUCUCUAUCCACAGCUCCCACACCAACCACCUCAUCCGGUGUUCAGCUAGUAGAAUCAACCAGAGCCAGAUCUGGAUUGGAGCCAGAGUCAAGGGCUGGAUCUUCAGAAAGAGAUUUUGCUGGGUUGAUGGGAGUCGUUGGACAUUUUCUUACUGGGCAGCAGGCCAACCUGGAAAUGGUGGGGGCCGAUGUGUAGCCUUAUGUACCCGAGGGGGUCAUUGGCGUCGAGCUCCAUGCAAACGUCGCCUGCCUUUUGCCUGCUCUUACUGA